AUAUCUCCAACUUUGAUAUCGUCAUGGAGUCUGAUGAGGGCACCUUCAAGCCAUCUGGACUGGGUUUUACUGGCAAUGCAAAAGCUCGGGACAUCAUGAAAAAGAUCAUGACCCUGCUGCAGCCCAUCAACGUUACGGAUGUUUACGCCAACGCAGAUGGAACAGACAUCAAUUACUGGAUGAGAGAUGGGGUGCCCGGUGCCAGCUUGCAUGACGACAUCAGUAAAUACUUCUGGUUUCAUCAUUCUCAAGGGGACACGAUGACAGUUCAGGAUCCAAACCAGAUGAAUCUCUGUGCUGCUGUUUGGACUGUUGUCUCCUAUGUAAUUGCUGACAUGGAGGAGAUGUUGCCAAGGUGAUAAAACAGCAAGAAAAGAGAUUUCUGUUCUUCAGUCAAGAUUGUGAGUCCACUAAUGCAUGUGGUCUACAGCUGUAGGAAAUUCCAUUAUUCACCCUGAUUUUGUGCAUUAUUAUGUCUGUUUUCCUUAAAGCACAUGCUUUUUUACACAUUCCUGUUUCUUUUGCUGUUUUGAUAUCUUCCAUUUGUGAUUUUCACUUAAAAUUUCUUUUUUUAAGUACUUUUCAAAAUUCUGAUGAGGAUGUGAUACCUCUUUGACUAUGAUAUAAUAAUUGUUUGUUAUGCAAAGUGUAUGCAGCAGGAAAAAUCUCUCAAAUAAAUUUGUUGCAUCAGAA